AUGAUGCAGGCGUCAGCGCCCAGCGCGGCCGCAACGAGCGCAGUCAAGGUGAUAUCAAAGACAUGGGCAAGGGAUUCUCACGACCUCUUCGACUUCGAGGCACAUCAGCUGCAUACUCAGACGUUUUCGGUGCCGAAGUCCACCGUAUGCAUGCGCAAUGGCACUGAGGUGCAGAUGGUUGGAGAGCGGGAUGUCCCGCCGGCGGGGGGAGAUCCUCUCCUGCGCCUCGUGCAGCGUGAUGGCACUUUUUGGGUCGACAAGGCCCAGCCGUCCAGCAACUCCAAGAAGCUAUGGCUUGUAGUGAGGGACUUGGUAUCCAGCAGCCAUCGCCUGCAGGAGGGUGAUGUCAUCAAGCUGGGACGGUUCAAAUUCCGUGUUCGCCAGCUAGUGGCAUCCUCUUAUGGGGGCAUGCAGCCAGAGCUUAGGCUUGACGAUUCGGGCGUCAUCUGCUGUGCCGUGGAGCCAACAGGUAACAGUGAGGGCCCACAGGUCAACAAGCUUCUGUGCCGCAUCUGUUUGCUGGAAGGGCCUGGAGAGGACCAGGAUGAUCCCCUCAUUGCCCCAUGUCAGUGCAAAGGAUCCAUUGAGUAUGUGCAUCUGGGCUGCCUGCGGCACUGGAUUCGAGGACGCCUGAAUCUCUCAGACCGGCCCUUGGGCUCUUACUUCUACAGGCCUUUGACUUGUGAGUUGUGCAAGUCAGUGUACCCCACAUACAUCCAUACCAACAGUGGCCAGGAACGCCAGCCAUUGGUGGAAGUUCCAUUCACGCAGCCGCCUUUCAUAGUCCUGGAGAACAUGGUGCGAGACUCGCAGCAGCAUACCUCCCGGGGCUUGCACGUGAUUUCGUUGGCGGAGAAGGAGCUGAAGCUUGGCCGUGGGCACGAGAGCGACGUACGCAUUGCGGAUGUCUCGAUCUCACGAACUCAUGCAACGAUUCGGUUCAGCAAGGGACAAUUCCUCCUGCAAGACAGCUCCUCGAAGUUCGGCACGCUGGUCGCCAUGAAGAAACCUAGGGUGCUGGAACCAGGUGUAAACAUCUCCAUUCAGAUGGGCCGUACGGUUCUGACGCUGUGCGCGCAGCACGAUCCAAACCAUUCCAACUCGGCCUCCUCUUUGAAUCAGCUACCAGUUGGGGGCAGCGCCCAGGAUGAGCGAGCCCUGCGGCUUUCUCUGCUCACCCGCGGACAGAGCGAAGGUGGUCAGUCCGGAGGACAGACAGCUCAGAGUGAGGAGCUUUGCGAGGAGUGGCUGAUUUGUGACAGUUUGUCCUCAACUGUGAAGGCCAACUUGCCCAAAACGGAAUGUCACAAUGCUGGCCAGCUGGAUGCUCCCGCCUUUCUACUGCAGUCAUUGAACAUUUGCCUACGCAAAGAUAUGCAUACCGACGUGCCCGCUGCCAAUGCACGAGGCAUGUCGGGAAAGCUUUCUGCUGAAUCAAGAAUUCAGCGGGCUACGGUAGAGAUGGUAGAGACAGUGGAGGUGCUCCUGGCUGCUGCCUGUUUGGUGCUGCUUUGCACCGCUUGGUCCUGCGUGCCGCAGGUGGCGGCGGUGAUCGUAGCAGCAGGUUGGCUCCGCCUUUUGGCAUCCAUUGAUGGACUGCAAGCAGACCUGGACAUUUCACUCGGCUACGCUGACAGGCAAAAGAAUUCUGUGCCUGGUGAAGAGGAAGUCGUGUUUGGCCAGGAUGUCGUGUGUCAGGAACAGGUUUUCGAUCGCUUCCGGCAGGAUGCCAUAACGGCAAUCUACAGUCAAGACGUGGUAUCCACCGAGCUCAUUAUCCUUGGGAUCAUUUCCGAGCAGAAAGGUGCCAACCUCAUUGCCAAGACUGCUCUGGCACAACGCUCGGCUGUGAAACGCUUCAUCGUGAACAACCCCAGGCCCUUUGCAGACACCUCGGCAGGAUCAGGCUCCUUGCCUUUCAGCGAGAACGCUAGGCUGCUUUUUGACACCGCUAACGCAGAUUCAGUUGGGAAUGCCGAGAUUGGCUGUGAGCAGCUACUUCUGGCUUUGAGCCAACCUGACCUGGCAGAGUGCGGUGGGGCUAAGAUGCUUGCAGGCCUCGGGGUAUCUGGAGAUGUGCUGCGCAUAGCCGUGUCAGAAGCAAUGUCUGCCCCUGGCCCACCAGAGCGACAGCUUGCUGCUGUGGGAGCAGAUGAGUCCAGCGAAUCCGACAUGACUCUAGACGAAGUUGCCACUGACCUGACGCAAAUGGCGCUGGACGGUUUGCUUGAUCCGGUAAUGGGCCGGCAAGAGGAAAUGGAUCGGAUUAUCCAGAUUCUUCUGCGAAAGCGCAAGAACAAUGCCUGUCUUGUUGGUCCUCCUGGCGUUGGGAAGACGGCAGUAGUGGAAGGUCUGGCCAUUCGCAUUGCUGAGGGCAAGGUGCCCGGCCGCUUAAAAGGCAAGCAGGUCUACUCCCUGGACCUGGGCCAGCUUGUUGCUGGAACCAAGUACCGUGGGGAGUUUGAAGACCGUUUGAAGAAGGUUCUCAACGAGGUGACCAGUGAUGAACGGGACGUCUGCCUCUUCAUUGACGAGAUCCAUCAGAUCGUCGGCGCUGGUGCUGCAGGCGCUGAUUCUUCCAUGGAUGCUGCCAACUUGCUGAAGCCCUCACUCGCGCGUGGCGAGCUGCAAGUGAUUGGGGCGACCACGGUGGAUGAGUACACCAAGCACAUAGAGAAGGAUGCUGCUCUGGAGCGGCGUUUCCAGCGUGUGAGCUGCGAGGAGCCAAGCGUAGCUGAGACCGUGGAGGUCUUGGAAGGACUUCGUCCCUCCUACGAGGCCCAUCACGGAGUACUGCUGACGCCAGAUGCACUGCAGGCGGCUGCCAGGCUGUCUGACCGCUAUGUCAAUGAUCGUUUCCUGCCCGACAAGGCCGUCGAUCUCAUUGAUGAGGCAAGCAGUCUGGCCCAGUGGCGGGCCGAGAUGGAACUAGAGGAGGCAAAUCAGCAGGCGGAGCCGGACGAGCUGUCCAAGCCGCUGGUGACGGCACAAGAUGUGGCAAACAUUCUUGCAAAGUGGUCAGGCAUCCCAGUGGAGCGGCUGUCAGAGGGUGAGUCGGACCGGCUGAUGCGACUCGAGGAAUGCUCGCCAAUGCGCAGUCCAGGCCAAGCAGCGGCUGUUAGUGCCUUGUCGCGAGCUGUGCGGCGAGCACGGAGCGGUCUCGCAGGAUCAAGCCGGCCGACAGCCUCCUUCUUCUUCGCUGGCCCCACAGGUGUGGGAAAGACAGAACUGUGCCGCGUCUUAGCAGAGGAGUACUAUGCAGAUCUCAAGGCCAUGGUUCGCCUUGACAUGAGUGAGUUCUCUGAGCCACACAGCGUGUCACGGCUCAUUGGCGCUCCACCUGGCUACGUUGGCUAUGAUGAUCCCCGGAGUGGCCAGCUCACAGAGGCCGUGCGUCGCCGGCCAUACAGCGUGGUGGUCUUGGAUGAGAUUGAAAAAGCCCAUUCAGAGGUGCUGAAUCUCCUCCUGCAAGUCCUGGAGGAUGGACGCUUGACAGAUGGCAAGGGGAGAACUGUCAACUUCUCGAACUGCAUCAUUGUGAUGACUUCCAAUGUUGGAAGCCAGGAAAUUCUUCAACAGGCCUCUGGCGUGGGCACUUAUGACCAGCUUCGAGCAGCUGUGCAGCGGCAGCUUCAGCAAAAGUUCAGGCCAGAAUUCUUAAACCGCAUCGACGAGCUGUUGAUAUUUCAAGCACUGACGGAGCAAGAGUUCAAGGAGAUCGUGCGACUGGUUCUUGGCAACGCAAAGGCUCGAGCGCUCGCAGCCUUCGAAGAGACUGCCUUACAGAAUGGGCGACCCACCCAGCCGCUGGACCUUUCGUGGACUGCCGACGUGGAGGAGCUUGUGCUGGCCUCUGGCUCGAAUGCCAUCUAUGGAGCCCGGCCUUUGCGACGCGCAGUGCAGCGAAUAUUUGAGGACCCACUUGCCGAGUUCCUGGUCUGCGGGGCCUUCAAUCAGGGAGGGGCUGCCACUGUCGCUGUGGAGAAUGGCGAUGUUGUGAUUCGGUACAAUGGUUCGACCUUACGGCCGACGUGUGCGGCUGCAAUUACCACAGAGGCCCUGGUCGUUCCGCGCAGUCAGGAGAUCAAGAAGAAUAAUCAGGUGCCAUCUGCUGUUGCCGUGUCAUAG